GACAGUUGGAAAUUUUCAUUUCAUUGGAACACAUCUGUGCUUAACGAUAUAAAAACAAAGAGAGCGUGUUAUUAAAACAAGUAAAAAACUAAAUACUGCACUAAAUCUUAAUUGAGACAUUGAGAUAUAUUCAAUAAACCCUUUGUGAAUUAUUAUUAGAGUGAAAUACUCAGAAAAUUAAAACCAAAGUUAUGAAGCCUUUUACUGCGCUUACUCUGUUUGCGGGCAUUAUCGCUCUGGCCAGCGCUGAAAACUACGCCUGUCACUCCAAUGUGACUUACGGCUGCAGCAACAGUGUCUCAACCCCCGUGGUUUGCCAUUCCCGUUAUGGCGGCAUUGAAAAUGUCGAAUCGACCAUUCAAUCCUACAUCAACUUGAAUCUGCACAAGUCCUAUCAAUACCUGUUGUUGUCAUCCUUCUACAACUCAUACCAGAAGAAUCGUCCCGGUUUCAACAAGCUUUACCGUGAUUUGUCGGACCGCUCGUUCGAUGAUGCUAUUGAUUUGAUUAAACAUGUGACACGUCGCGGUGGCCAAGUUGACUUCCGUGCCAUCAGUCAGCACCCUAACUCUAUUGCUCAAAGUAAAUUGAAAUUGGAGGAGGAUGAAUUACACUCAUUGGGCAUUGCUUUGGACAUUGAGAAGACCUUGACCGCUGAUGCUGGCCACGUACACUACCAGUCGACACAUGGACGCCCACAUGACCCACAGACCGCUCACUACAUUGAGGAGAAAUUCUUGCACAAGCAGGCUGAUUCCGUGCGCAAGGUUUCGGGCUUAGUCAACGAUUUGUCGAAGAUCAUGAACCAACCCGAUCCCUCAUUGGGCAUCUACUUAUUCGACCAGUACUUGGAGAAGCAAUAAAUGGUGUUGGAGCAGUGAAGAUUGUGCGCUGACUUACAUGUUAGUUCAGCUGGAGCUGAGAAUAACCAUAUAACUUACGUUCAAGAAUCUAUACGUAUUUCUUUAAUUACAUUACAAACGAAAACAAAACGAUGUAACUAAAUUUGUUUGAAAAAUAUAUAAAUUCCAACUUUGCGCAUUUAAA